AAAUGUGACAUUUUUAUUUUGUUUUACUUUUAAAAUAGCCCAAUAAAAACGAAUGGGCAAGUGAAAAUCUCUGCAGCUGCAAAAAGAAAAAAGAAAAACUGCCAACAGAAAACAAACUCAAACCGUUACUGACGUGGAUAGCUCUAAAACUACAAGAACUCUUAUAGCAGAGUACAGAGAGAGAGAGGUAGACAUCUUAGCUGCUGCCGCUGCUACAAAAGUUCUUUGAUGUUUCGUUGAGUUAAAAAAGGGCCAAUCUUUUGUCUCCCAGUAAUUCCUGACGAUGGCAUUAUCUGUGUCCCCUAGUUUCAUCCCCCAAUGUCCUUCCCUCUUUUCCACUUCCAAAAAACGCUCUAUUAAUUACAGAAAAACAGUUAUGGCGCGAAGUUCCAAUGGUAAUGCCAGUGUUCCCUCUUCCAAUGGCACUCUGUUGGUCGAUGACAGCAAGACAUCUUUCAAAGGGAAGGCAGAGGCAGAUAUUAUUGUGAUUGGAAGUGGUAUUGGUGGAUUGUGUUGUGGUGGACUUCUGGCUAGAUACCAACAGGAUGUUCUUGUUUUAGAAAGUCAUGAUCUUCCUGGAGGUGCUGCUCAUUCUUUUGAGAUUAAAGGUUAUAAGUUUGAUUCUGGUCCUUCCUUGUUCUCUGGUUUUCAAUCUAGAGGUCCCCAGGCUAAUCCUCUUGCUCAGGUUUUGGAUGCACUAGGUGAGUCUCUUCCAUGUGUGAAAUAUGACUCUUGGAUGGUCUAUGUACCUGAAGGUGAAUUCUUGUCACGGAUUGGCCCCACAGAAUUUUACAAGGACCUUGAAACGUAUGCAGGACCCAAUGCAGUACAAGAGUGGAAGAAACUUCUUGAUGCCAUACUUCCACUGUCUUCAGCUGCAAUGGCUCUACCUCCUUUAUCUAUCCGAGGCGAUCUUGGUGUUAUCUCUACUGCUGCAACUAGAUAUGCUCCUUCCCUGUUAAAAUCUUUUGUUCAGAUGGGACCUCGGGGAGCAUUAGGUGCCACAAAGCUUCUUAGGCCCUUCUCUGAAAUUGUCGACUCUUUGGAGCUUAAAGAUCCUUUCAUACGCAACUGGGUCGACCUUUUGGCUUUCCUUCUUGCGGGGGUGAAAUCUAAUGGUAUACUCUCAGCAGAGAUGAUUUACAUGUUUGCGGAAUGGUAUAAGCCAGGUUGCACUCUGGAGUACCCCCUUCAUGGAAGUGGUGCUGUUGUUGAUGCUCUUGUCCGAGGAUUGCAGAAGUUUAAUGGACGGCUUUCUUUAAGAAGCCAUGUGGAAAAAAUUGUUGUUGAAAACAAUACAGCGAUUGGAGUCGAGUUGAGAAGUGGCCAAUUUAUACGUGCUAGAAAGGCUGUUAUCAGCAAUGCAUCUAUGUGGGAUACUUUGGGCCUGUUACCUAAGGAAGCUCUUCCAAAAUCCUAUAUAGAUAGGAUUAACACAACACCACAAUGUGAAUCUUUCAUGCAUAUCCAUUUGGGCUUUGAUGCAGAGGGCAUACGAGAGGACUUGGGAAUUCAUCAUAUAGUUGUGAAUGACUGGGAUAGAGGAGUUGAUGCAGAUCAGAAUGUCGUUUUAAUAUCAGUGCCUAGUGUACUCAGUCCAGAUUUGGCACCACCUGGGAAACAUGUUUUACAUGCUUACACACCUGGAACCGAACCAUUUGAACUGUGGGAAGGACUUGACCAUAGAAGUUCCGAGUACAAACAACUUAAAGCAGAACGAUCAGAGGUAAUGUGGAAGGCAGUUGAGCGUGCAAUUGGUCCAGGAUUCAGUCGCGAGAAGUGUGAGGUGAAGUUGGUAGGAACUCCAUUGACACAUAGAAGAUUUCUUCGGAGGAAUAGAGGAACUUAUGGACCUGCAAUACAAGCAGGCAAGGAUACUUUUCCUGAACAUUCAACUCCCAUAUUGCAGCUGUAUUGUUGCGGGGAUUCUACUUUUCCUGGCAUUGGUGUCCCUGCAGUUGCUGCUAGCGGUGCUAUUGUUGCUAACUCACUAGUUUCAGUGGCUCAACACUCCCAGCUUCUUGAUGCAAUUGGGAUUUAAGUUCAUUGGUGAGUUCAGUUUUCCAUUUACAAAAUUUUCUUGGAUUAAUUGCUUGUAUACCUCUACUCAAAGAUAUCUAUACUAUUCAAAACAUUCUUGUUUCUUCAGCA